AUGUUCGCUCCGCGGCUCCUGGAUUUCCAGAAGACGAAGUACGCGAGGUUCAUGAACCACCGAGUCCCUGCCCACAGGAGGUACCAGCCCACGGAGUACGAGCAUGCCGCCAACUGCGCCACCCAUGCUCUCUGGAUCAUUCCCAGCAUUCUCGGCAGCUCCAACCUCUACUUCCUGUCGGACGAUGCCUGGGAGACCAUCUCUGCCUGGAUCUACGGCCUCGGCCUCUGUGGGCUCUUCGUGGUGUCCACCGUGUUCCACACGAUCUCCUGGAAGAAGAGCCACCUCAGGACGGUGGAGCACUGUCUGCACAUGUCCGACCGCAUGGUCAUCUAUUUCUUCAUCGCGGCCUCCUACGCGCCCUGGCUGAACCUUCGCGAGCUGGGCCCCUGGGCCUCGCACAUGCGUUGGCUGGUCUGGGUCAUGGCCUCCGUGGGCACCGUCUAUGUCUUCUUCUUCCACGAGCGGUACAAGCUCGUGGAGCUGCUCUGCUACGUCGUCAUGGGCUUCUUCCCCGCCCUGGUCAUCCUUUCCAUGCCCAACACCGAGGGCAUCUGGGAGCUGGUGACCGGAGGGGUCUUCUACUGCUUGGGCACGGUGUUCUUCAAGAGUGACGGGAGGAUCCCCUUUGCCCACGCCAUCUGGCAUCUCUUUGUGGCAUUUGGUGCUGGUACCCACUACUAUGCCAUCUGGAGGUACCUGUAUCUGCCCAGCACCCUGCAGGCCAAGGUGUCCAAAUGA